AGCCGAGCUUUGUGUGCGUGGGGAGGAGGGGGAGGGAGCGGGAGAGUGAGCGGGGCCGGCCCGAAACCGGGACACAGAGAGAACCAGCGCUCCCCUCCCCCGCCGCCAGCGGCCGCCCUCACCGCCCCCCCCCCCCCCCAGCGCCUCUCUCUGGUCUCCCCGCGGCGCUGCGGCUCCCCCACCGCCCGGGGCACGGGCGCCUCCCUGGGCGGAGCCCGUGGAACGCGGACCCGGUGGCGCGGAAAUCGAGGCCGGGGACCCAGCGCGGCCUGCUGCGGGGUCCUCUUUCUCCCCCUGCUCCGAGCCCGGCCCGGUUCCUGCUCUUUGUCUCUCUGCUAGGCUCGGUCGGACACGGCGGGGGGAGUUAGAAUGGAACAGACUGACGGCCCUAUGAGAGAAAGGGAAAGCUAAGGAUGCUGGAGCAGAACAAUGGAUUUCUCUUUCUCUUUCAUGCAAGGGAUCAUGGGAAACACAAUUCAGCAGCCACCUCAGCUCAUUGACUCAGCCAACAUCCGCCAGGAGGAUGCCUUUGAUGCCAGCAGUGACAUCGCUGAAGAUGGUGGUCAGACACCAUAUGAAACUGCCCUGCAGCAAGGCUUUCAGUACCCUACUCCAACGACAGAGGAUCUUCCACCGAUCACUAAUGGCUAUCCACCAACAAUCAAUAUGUAUGAACCUCAAGCCAAAUACCAGACAUACAGUCAGUAUCCCAAUGGUUCAGCCAAUGGCUUUGGUGCAGUUAGAAACUUUAGUCCCCCAGAGUAUUACCAAAUGGAAAACUCUAACAUGAGACCGCAUGAAGUUCUGGAAAAAUCUUCCCCUCCACAACCUCCACCACCACCACCUCCUUCAGUACCACAAACGGUGAUUCCAAAGAAGACUGGUUCACCAGAAAUCAAAUUAAAAAUAACCAAAACUAUCCAGAAUGGCAGGGAAUUGUUUGAGUCCUCUCUGUGUGGGGACCUUUUGAAUGAAGUACAGGCAAGUGAGUAUGCUAAGAUGAAACAUGAAGGGAGAAAGGAGAAAAGGAAAAAAAGUAGCAAGCAUGACUCUUCACGAUCAGAAGAACGCAAGUCACACAAAAUUCCCAAACUAGAACCAGAGGAACAAAAUAGACCAAAUGAGAGGCUUAGUGUGCUAUCAGAAAGACCAAGAGAAGAUACACUGUUGGAGGAAACCCCGGUCCAGCAGUUUUCACCAUCUCUUCCAACGCAAGUUACAACUGACAUCAAGUUUCAGGUUGGCGAUCUAGUCUGGUCCAAGGUGGGAACUUAUCCUUGGUGGCCUUGCAUGGUUUCAAGUGAUCCACAGCUUGAGGUUCAUACCAAAAUUAAUACAAGAGGUGCCCGUGAAUACCAUGUUCAGUUUUUUAGCAACCAGCCUGAGAGGGCAUGGGUGCAUGAGAAGCGGGUUCGAGAGUAUAAAGGACAUAAACAGUAUGAACAAUUAUUGGCAGAGGCUACUAAGCAAGCCAGCAAUCACUCUGAGAAACAGAAGAUUCGUAAGCCAAGGCCACAAAGAGAGCGUGCUCAGUGGGAUAUUGGUAUUGCCCAUGCUGAGAAAGCAUUGAAAAUGACUCGGGAAGAAAGGAUAGAACAGUAUACCUUCAUUUAUAUAGACAAGGAGCCAGAGGAGGCUUUGUCCAAAGCCAAAAAGACAGCUGCCCCUAAAUCAGAGGCUAAAAAGAAUCGUCGGCCUAAACCAGCAUUGAACGCUCAGACAGAACAGACCAAGGUGGUGUCGGCAUCCCCCUCAUUAUCAAAUACUGAGGUGCGAAGGCAAAGUCAAAGGAGGCAAUCAAGUGUGGAAGAAGAGGAGCCGCCACCGCCUGUGAAAAUAGCCUGGAAAACAGCUGCAGCCAGAAAAUCCUUGCCAGCUUCAAUAACCAUGCAUAAAGGGAGUUUGGAUCUUCAGAAAUGUAACAUGUCUCCAGUUGUUAAAAUUGAACAAGUUUUUGCCCUACAGAAUGCUGCUGGGGAUGGAAAAUUCAUCGAUCAGUUUGUUUACUCUACCAAGGGAGUUGGUAACAAAACUGAAAUAAGUGUCAAGGGACAAGACAAACUUAUUUCUACAUCAAACCAGAAAAGUGAGAGAGCCACUGCGCAAAAUGCAUCCUCACCUGAAACAACUUCUGGGUCAACAGGUUCUGUAGAAAAGAAGCAACAGAGAAGAUCGAUUCGAACCCGCUCAGAGUCUGAGAAAUCCACUGAAGUUGUGCCAAAGAAGAAGAUCAAAAAGGAGCAGGUAGAAAUGGUUCCACAGACAGCAGUGAAGACUGGAUUACAGAAAGGUGCCAGCGAGAUUUCAGAUUCUUGUAAACCUCUAAAGAAAAGGAGUCGGGCCUCAACAGAUGUAGAACUGACUAGUUCAGCAUACAGAGACACAUCUGACUCUGAUUCAAGAGGACUUAAUGAUCUGCAGGGUAGCUUUGGAAAGCAUUCUGACAGCCCAUCAGCUACUGCAGAUGCUGAUGCUUCUGAUGUACAAUCAGUAGAUUCUAGCUUAUCAAGAAGAGGCACUGGAACAAAUAAGAAGGAUACUGUUUGUCAGAUCUGUGAAAGCUCUGGUGAGUCUCUGGUGUCAUGCGAAGCAGAGUGCUGUAGAGUCUUCCAUAUGGAAUGCCUGGGACUGAAAUCAAUACCUGAUGGGAAGUUCAUCUGCAUGGAGUGUAAAAAUGGACAGCACACAUGCUUUUCCUGCAAGCUUCCUGGUAAAGAUGUGAAGCGCUGUUCAGUCAAUGCUUGUGGUAAAUUUUAUCAUGAAGCCUGUGUUCGUAAGUUUGCCACUGCAGUCUUUGAGUCACGAGGAUUCCGUUGCCCGCAGCAUUGCUGUACUGCCUGCUCAACGGAUAAGGAUAUCCACAAAGCAAGUAAAGGACGCAUGGUGAGAUGUUUGAGAUGUCCAGUUGCCUAUCACUCAGGAGAUGGCUGUAUUGCUGCAGGAAGCUUGUUUGUGUCAUCUCACAUUCUCAUCUGUAGCAACCAUUCCAAAAGGAAUCACUCUUCAUCAGCUGUAAAUGUAGGCUUUUGUUUCGUUUGUGCAAGAGGGCUGGUAGUGCAGGAUCAUUCAGACCCCUUGUUCAGUUCAUAUGCCUAUAAGUCCCACUACCUACUGAAUGAAUCAAAUCGUGCUGAGUUGAUGAAAUUACCUAUGAUUCCUCCUCCUUCGUCAGCUUCCAAAAAGAAAUGUGAGAAAGGUGGAAAGUUACUGUGCUGUGAGUCCUGUCCAGCGUCCUUCCACCCAGAAUGUCUCAACAUAGAGAUGCCAGAAGGAUGUUGGAAUUGCAAUGACUGUAAAGCAGGAAAGAAACUACGUUACAAGCAGAUCGUUUGGGUCAAGCUUGGAAAUUACAGGUGGUGGCCAGCAGAGAUCUGCAAUCCCAGGUCUGUGCCUCUCAACAUUCAGGGCCUCAAACAUGAUAUCGGGGACUUCCCGGUAUUUUUCUUUGGUUCACAUGACUACUAUUGGGUGCACCAGGGCAGAGUUUUCCCUUAUGUUGAAGGAGAUAAAAGCUUUGCUGAGGGGCAAACUAGUAUUAACAAGACCUUCAAGAAAGCACUUGAAGAAGCUGCAAAACGCUUCCAGGAACUGAAAGCACAAAGAGAAAGCAAAGAAGCACUAGAGAUUGAAAGGAAUUCAAGAAAACCCCCACCUUACAAACAUAUUAAAUCCAACAAGGUAAUAGGAAAAGUUCAGAUUCAAGUCGCUGAUUUGUCAGAAAUUCCUCGCUGUAAUUGCAAGCCAUCUGAUGAGAACCCCUGUGGCCUAGAGUCAGAGUGUCUGAACAGGAUGCUACAGUAUGAGUGUCAUCCCCAAGUGUGCCCAGCAGGAGAGCGCUGUCAGAACCAGUGCUUCACCAAAAGACUCUAUCCAGAUGCUGAAAUCAUAAAAACAGAUCGACGUGGCUGGGGUCUCAGGACAAAAAGGAACAUUAAAAAGGGUGAAUUUGUAAACGAAUAUGUUGGUGAAUUAAUUGAUGAAGAAGAAUGCCGAUUGCGGAUCAAACGUGCCCAUGAGAACAGCAUAACCAAUUUUUAUAUGUUAACUGUUACAAAGGACCGGAUAAUUGAUGCUGGUCCAAAGGGGAAUUAUUCUCGUUUUAUGAACCACAGUUGUAAUCCGAACUGUGAAACACAGAAAUGGACAGUGAAUGGGGAUGUUAGAGUUGGACUCUUUGCUCUCCGUGAUAUUCCUGCAGGGAUGGAGUUAACAUUUAAUUAUAAUUUGGACUGUCUGGGCAAUGGUAGGACUGAAUGCCAUUGUGGAGCAGAAAACUGCAGUGGCUUCCUAGGAGUACGGCCGAAGACGGCGUUUGCAACAGCGAAUGAAGAGAAGGCAAAGAAUGCCAAGCUAAAGCAGAAGAAACGGAAAAUAAAAACAGAGCAGAAGCAGAUGCAUGAGGAUAACUGUUUCCAGUGUGGAGAUGGAGGAGAACUAGUCAUGUGUGACAAAAAGGACUGCCCCAAAGCAUACCACCUCCUAUGCCUUAACCUGACUCAGCCACCAUUUGGAAAGUGGGAGUGUCCGUGGCACCAGUGUGACAUCUGUUGCAAUCCUGCAAUUUCAUUCUGCGAGUUUUGCCCUCGUUCAUUCUGUAAAGAUCAUGAGAAGGGAGCCCUAGUGGCAUCAGCAUUGGAUGGCUGUCUCUGCUGCUCUGAACAUAACCCCAAAUCUCCUGUGGCACCAGAGUAUUGGAGCAAGAUCAAAUGCAAAUUGCAACCCCAGAACCCUGGAGAAGAAGCAAAGGAAUAAAUUUGUUCAAACAAACAACAAAUGGCAAAUAGGUGAUGAACUUGAAGAGACUGCUAUGGCACAUUCAGUCUUCAUCAUCAGCGCUGCCUUGUUGGAACUGGGAAAGGGACCAUCUAAUCUUGGCAGGCGGAAGCAGUCAGUCGUGUCCGUUUUGGGUUUUUUUUUCUGUUCUUGUCCUUUUCUUACCUUACCCUUGAAUGUGCUUCAACAGCUCUUACUGUUGGAAAACAGAAAUAUCUUGGCUUUCUUAAGGAAAAAAGAUCAAAAAAAGCAAACCUUUUGACAUUGAAAAGAAUAGUGUGUUAAAAUAUGUUCUUUGAGUGUAGAAGGGAAAACAUAGCAUAUUUAUUUAUUUAAUUUUAAAGGAUGUUGCGGAUUCUGGUCCUGAUCGGUAAGCGUGUCUAAGAAAAGAAUUGAGUAGCAAAACCAGUCCGGUAUAACGUGUAUGUCUAGUUAUUAAAAAAAAGGGAGAGGACCAACCCUCCCCAAUCUACAAACAGCUUUCACGUAACACCAUGAGAAGUGAUGUGGGUUUCAGAGCAGUGGACAGUGAAUGCUUUCAUUCCAGUUGGUCAUCUUUAAAGGUCUUCUGAGAAGAUGGAUUUCAUCUCAUCAUGCUUAACUUAUUAUGAAUAAUGUUGUAAAGAUUUUCACAUAAGCAAUUGGGAGUAUUAUCCAGUUUUUUUUCUUGAAGUGCUUUUUAUUUCAAUAGAUAUUUUAACAAAAAGGGGGAGAGGAAGCAAUCUCGGUCCCUUAUUGUUAAAAUGAGUGGUGUCAACUAACAAAGCAGGCAUAGAAAGAGCUUAAUUCUGCAGUGGUCACUUUUCUGCCUCGCUUCGUUUGGAGGGCAGUUUUGGGUGGAGAGGAUUCAUGGACAGCUUAGUCAUCUGAACAUUGCACUACAUUAAUCAUAGCGAAAGCCCUGAUCCUGCUUUUGUUGGAGUCAUUGCAAGCUUUGUCAUUGACUUCACUGGGUGCAGGAUUAAGCCCUUUUCGAUGUAUUUAUCAGAUAUUUAGUCUGUACUUGUUUCAUGAUGAUUUUCUUAGAGCCUGAUCCUUUGUUACCUUCCUCCCAAACUCCCAUUAGUUUCAAAGGGAGUUCUUGAGAGUUAAAGGAAUAGGGGAUCAGCCUCAUGUGUGUGAUGUGUUUUUAAAAGAGUUUUGGGGAACAGGGGUGUUUAGAUUUGCAGGGGUGGGGAUAAAUCUCCCAAUUAAAUUUAUCUUCGUUGGUUUUUAUAGAAUAGUGAAAAAUCAGUUUUUAAAAGCACUUCCUGAAUUAACAGGGUAUAUAUUGGGCCAACACUAAAGCACUCAAUCUUACAAAGUACUGUGUAUAUCCCAGUAUAGUUAAUAUAGUCAACAGUAAUCCUUUAAUUUGUAGGCAAUGGCUGGUGUUCUGAUAUUGCUAGCUACCUUUACACUAACUUUCUGCCACUGGGUGUUCCGGAGCAUCCCCACCUGGAAGGAAUUAACAACAAGGUAUGGCUGGCAGAUGGCAGAGGGAUAAUUCUUUAUUCAUUCUGAAGAACAUUCAGCAUUGUCUCUGGGAAAAUGUCUACAUAGACCUGCAGGUACAUGGUAGCAUGUCAGUUCCAGAAAGUGACUAAUAAAGGGGUGGAAAAUAAUACCAUGGGGUUUUGGAAUAUGGCUCGCCUUUGUACCAGAUUUCCUUUUGCAUUCUCAAAUUAUUUCUAAUCUGUGUGUGUGUGUGUGUGUGUGUGUGUGAGAUUUGUUCUUUUUUUUUUUGUGCAAUUGCAAAAUUAACAAAAUACACUACAGCCUUUGAAGCAUCUGAAAUGCCACUUCACUGACCUGGCAGCUAUUCCUCUUGAAACAAUUUACAGAUCCCUUUCCAGUAAACUCAGUUUGUUCGGGAUUUUUUGUUUUAUUACAUAGUAUAGAUCUCUCAUGUGAUCUUUGGGUCAGUUUAUACUUUAGAAUGCUGAUGGAAAAUGCAGAUCACUUGUCCUGUUAUGGCCAAUACUGAAGUGAAUGUCUAAAACACUAAUCUUGCUUGUAAGCAGUGCUAUAUUUUGGUAUUUUUUUCAAAAAAAAAAAUUAAAAAAUUUUAUUUUUCUUAGCUUUUUUGUUUGUGAUAAAAAAAAAAAAAAGCUCUUAAUGGAGAAGGUUUUCACCCUUUUCUAAAAUUCCAAACACAGCUCUUUCCUUGGUAGUGUCCAUAAGACCUGAUCUGUUUACAUUGCAUAAUAAAAUGUUAGGUUUUCUGUUGUUCAGACGAUUUGGGGAUAUGGUAAGCCAGAAAGUGCUGAACUUUUAAAAUAUUGUAUGAUGUGUUCCCAUGUGCUUUCUUCUAUAGUAUGUCAACACUGUCUUGUCAUUGACUGAGGAGGAAUGGCUAUGUCAAAAUGCCUUAAGCAUUUGAGAUGUCAAUGAGCUGACAGUUGUUUAAAAAUAUUAAUUGUCAUGGGAAAUUAUCAAAAUAUAUUCUGUGACAUAUCAGCAUGUUGGGUGUAACUAAGUAUAUAACGGUACUCUGAAAGUUUAGUAAAUCAUAUAAUGCUGUGAGGGUCAUGGAGUCAGUUGUCACUCCUCUGCCAUGUCACUUUAUAUGUUCUGUUUCAAAGUUCUUGCUGAUUGUCCUCUCUUGUCUAAUCCUUUACAGGAGAAAAUUGUAACUGAAAGCAGCCAACAGCUGGGCUGAGACAUGGGUGGUGUGAGGACAAGGAUAGCUUUUAAAUAUGUAUAAUUAUGAAUAUAAAACUUGAAUUGGUUUUCUAACUGCGACAGAGGGAGAAUUUCCCAAAGCAUCAGGAAGCUUUUUAGUGAAAGAAGAGACCAUUGGGUUGAAAUAAAUUGGUGACAACUGGGGAUUCUCUUUAUUUAGGUGAUGGUUUUGUAUGUAGAACACAGAAUAUGCUGAAAACAAAUUUUAACCAUGUUUUUGUAACAUUAUUUAAAGUGAAUGGAAGAAUAACAUAACUUUUGUAGUAAAGCAGAAAUUUGUUGCUAUAAAUUUGUUACUGUAAAUAUUGACAUUUUGAUUUAUCAGUAUUUCUGUGUAUUUUGGGCUGUUGAAUUCAACUUACAGUGUCUCUGAAUUGAGCUAUAGGAAGAAUGCUAGAGACAUUUGUUUGUUUGUUUGGAAGUUUUAGUCCAGAGUCCUACAAUUUGCUGCAAAGAAGAGAAUGCUGAGGUUGGUUGUUACUUCCUGGCUGGAAAAUGAAGAGCUCUAAUUAAUAAUCUAGCAGCCCUUUAAGUGAAGGAGGGUGCCAGUCACAUUGUUUUUUUCCCCCUCAUUUGGAUUUUUUUGUCUGUUAAGUUUUAAAAUAGGGUCAAACUUUCAGCAGACACCUGACUCUAGAUAUUAUUAUUAUGCUGGCUACACAGUAAUGCAGUACCUGAGCUGCCCUGCACAGAUGUUGCUGGUUUACUUUACUGGACCCCUUUUAUUAUAAAGUGUGCAUCUUACUUCAGAUCGGAGGUUCUGUGCACCAUGCCCUAAUGGGGUAAGGAUUAAUUACUGCAGUUUUCCAAUAGUUUGUAAAAUUGGCUUGUCGUCAUGUCAGUAGGACAUAAGAGUGGAAGGCGUUUGCAGCUCAGGACAGGUAAUUGUAUGGGCAACUUUUUCUGUAUGAAUUUAUCUUCACUACAUUUACUACGAGAGGCUUAGAGAGUCUAACAUGGAGUGAGAGUUAGAAUAUUUUGUUUGGCCUUUCCACUAAAAGCUUGUUUUAUCUUAGUUUCCAGGUAGAAUCAGACAGACACACUUACUAGACAUAAUAGAAAGCGAACGUCUAGACGUAAAAUAUGUAUAUACUGAACUUUACAAAAAAAAUUAUCUGGGUUGGGUUAGGGAGGUAGGGUAGGGGAAUGAGAAUGUCUGCCGCUGGUACGAAGUAGUCACUUUAACAUUGAAACCUCUGCCUCAUUGAAUUCAGGGUUUAAUGUACUUGAAGCUCUGCAGCUCAUUAUUUUUACAGCUAUUUUAUUUAUACAUAGAUAACAUUUUUUAUAUGCUACAUCAAAAGUCUCUUUACCUCUCCCUUUAACUUGAGUUAAAAAUUGCUUUCCACUCCCAGUGUACAGUGUAUUCAAGGCAAAAUGGAGAGAUUUUUCAAAGCAGAUGUCUCAGACUUAUGUAUGCUCUUAAUGAGAAGUAUAUUGCAUGAGACACCAGCAACUUUUUGACACUUUGAUGUCCUUUACUUUAUAAUAUUGUAUCAACUCCCUCACCCUACACCACUUAUUUUUGUAUAGCAAAAGACAUUUGCACUUAUGAUACACUCCUGAAAUUCUGGAUGUAUUCAAGAUGUCAUUCAGAAAAAGAGAAAAAUGCUUGUUUCUUAUUAUAUUCUACUCCUGAGUAGCAAACUCGGUACUUUUACCCUAGUGAGGGUGGGAGGAUUAUAAAACUGAAACUGUCUGUACUUCGUCUAGGACAAUAUAAAAACAAAAAGGGAAUAUAGAUAUGAAUUUGCCAAAGCCAUGAGUUCACUGUUUGUCAUGUGGUACUGAUUGCAUUUGUGCACAAGAGUGAGAGAGCUACCAUUUUUAAUGGUCUCUUCUAGCUUGAAAAGCAAGUAUGGCUAUAUGUUUGAUCCUCUCCCAAACCUUUGUCCCAUAGCCUAGCACUGGACGUUUUAAGGAAUUCUUGUUCACUUUUGAUUUACAAACAGACUGGAUGAAAUACAUUUGCUUCCUAUUAAUUAAUAUGGAUCCGUAUCUCAUUUCUAGUGUCAUAUUUUUUCAUUUAUAAGCAAACUCAUCAUUGCCACUGAAAACCAAGAUGAUGAAAUAACUAUUACAACUGGCUAGUAAUAAGAUUGUCCUUUUUGUAUAAGGGUAUGUGCAUAUUUGGGGUUGCUAUUAAAAUUGAACCCAUUUAUACCUACACAAGUGAUAUUGCACAACAAACACAGAUACCUACAGAUUCUGUUUUCAUUUCCAUGUAAUCUUUAUCUGUAACUGACCUUUGUAGAGGUGUUAUUUCUGUAGACUUUGUUUAUCUGUAACAAACUUUGUAGAUUCUGUGAAAUGUUAUUUUAACUAAAUCACUUGAGUCUUUAAUAGCAAAGCAUCAAUAUUCACUAAAGUCAAUAUCUUAGGAGUUUCUAGAACUUGGCUAGAAGCUCUUGACACUAACAAAGUAGUGUUAAUUUUCCCUGGGGAUGUUCCACUGGGGCAUUACUGUAUUAUGACUUGAUGUUGCCGCAUAGACUUUGAGAUAUACAAUAUUGGGGAGGGGGGUUGUUGUUUGGCCUAUGUUCUCUUGCAUAGUGUGAAACCUGUAAAGCUUGGUUAACCUGUAUAUAGAUAGCUUAUUGUCAACUAGUUAUAGUGUAUUUAGAAUUGCCUGUAAUAUUUUAGCUUCUUACUGAAUGUUGUGAUGGUAGGAUCAUAUAAUUUUUGUACAUUAUAUUUACUGAGAUGUUGCCUUUUUUAUUUUACAAAUAAUUUGGAAUUCAGAUGUGUUUUGCUUCUGUGAGGAUUAAUUUGGAAAGGUUUUUAAUGACAUUCCACUGAUUUAAAAUUUUGCUUGAGGUUGACUUCAAUAAAUUGUUCUGAAUGUUCCAAUUAAGAA